UCCGAUCUCACUCUCUGGCCAGCGCCGGCGGCGCAAUUUUCAGAUUCAAACUCACAUUACUUCAAAUCUUCUACCUCCAUAUUCACCCAAUCUCUGUCUCUCUUUUCAUCUUUCUAUACUCUCAUACGCUCACAUUUUGGUAUAUGCUUUAUUGAUUUAUACAUAUCGCGGGGGUUGAGAGGUCAAACUUCAGUGGAUAUUUUUCCGACAACUCGGCCGGUUACGGAUAUUGGAUUCUGGUCCGUAUUUCUUUAUUGGAACAGAAUCCAAGUGAUUCUAGCGGUUUUUCAGUGACGUUAAAACUUAGGGUUUCUGAGAGAUACGUAAAGGCGCAGUUAUGCCUCGGAGUUCUAAGCACAAAUCGCAUAAGCAAAGCAAGCAUGGCUCGAAGGAGGCAAGGGGACACUCAGACUCGGAGGAGGAUGUGAAGACGGAGAGGAGUAGUAAGGGGGACGUUUCGCCUAGGGUUUUGAAGGAUUCGGGACAUUCUACUUCCGGCGAGAAGCGAAGACGUGCUUCUCAAUCAAGGGAGGGGAGAGAUGGGAAAGAUCUCGUCGGUUAUGGGAAUGGCAACGUAUCUGAGGAAUACACGUCGUCCAAGCGGCGGCGGAAGGAGAAGUCCGAGGGGAGUGGCGGAAGUGAUAGGUGGAACAGUGGUGCGGACGAGAGGGGUGAGGAUUGGGAGAUAAACAAAGAAAGUGGCGCUGAGAAUUUGAAAGCUGCUCAAGAGAAGGGAUUGAAGCAUACGGAAUCAAAAAGUUCUGGUGAGUUGAAGAGUAAAAGUUCUAGAAGGCACGAAAGUGGAUGUGUUGAGAGGAAGGAUGAGAAUGUUGCUGCAGAAAUGGAGGUGGAGGCUAGGAGCGGGAGAGUUGAGUCAAAGAGGAAAUCAGAAAAGGAUUCUUCACGAAAGGAGAACAAGGAUUCAAAGGAAAAGGAGCGAGGAUCAGAAAAGGAUAAGAAGCAAAGUAGUAAACUUGAUACUGAAAUGAAGGGCUAUAAUGGAGAUUUACAAAAGAAAUUAGGGUCACAGUCAGUGGUCUCGGAAGAAAAGCAGGGAAAGCGAAGUAGAGAUAAUGCUGAUUUGUCUAGGCAGAGUGAGGUGGAUAAUUGUGACUUGGAUAAAGAAAUUGAGAAAAAAGCUCGGAAGAGAAGAGAAACUUCUGUUGAUCGAGAUAAGUAUGAAGAUGAUAUAACUGAAAUUGAUAAAAGGCGGUCAUCAUCAAGGAGUGAGCGUACCAAAGAUAACAAAUACAGAGAUGUGAAGCGUGAAGAUGGAAGCUAUGGUGAUAAGUAUCGGGAAGAUAGUUAUAGAGAUGAUAGGCAUAAAGACGAGAAGUAUUGGGAUGACAUUGAUAAAGACAGUAGGCGAACGGGAGAUAAAUAUUAUGAAGAUGAUAGGCAUAGGAGUGAUAAGUACUGUGAGGAUGUUGACAUAGAUAACAGAUACAAAGAUGAUAAAUUUCAUCAGGGUGAUGAUAGAGAUUAUGGACACAAGGAUCCUAAAUAUCUGGAUGAAACUGAGAGACGUAGUAGGCGUAGAGAUGAUAAGUAUCGUGAAGAUAGUGGGAGGGAUGGCAGACAUUGGGAUGAUAGAUAUCAAGAAGAAGAAGGUAAAGAUGUCAGGCACAAUGAUGAUAGAUAUCGUGAAGACCGUGAGAGGGAUGAUAGGCAGAGGGACAAUACGUAUAGAGAAGAUGGUGAAAGAGAUAAUAGACGCAAGGAAGAGAAACAUCGAGAAGAUUCUGAACUAGAUAGCAGACACAGGGGUGAUAAGCAAAGAGAUGAAGCUAAUAGACACAAGAGGAGUAGGGAUGAGAGCAUGCUAAGAGACCGCCCAGGGGAUAGGUCUGAUGCAAAACGUUUGAGGGAUGAGAGUUAUUCUACUGAUUUUAUAUCUAGGAAAUCUGGCCUUGGUGAAAGUAGCCCAAGUUAUGAUAUCAGGAUCUCCAAAUACAAAGAUGAACAGGAAAGGAGAAGAAACAACAAUAAGGACUAUGGUGACAUCAAAUCUCAAAGUUGUAAGGAUCAACGAUAUGAUGCAGAAAAGAUAUCUGCAAGUGGUUCUCGAUUAGACUCAAUCAGUAAUCGAGGAAAAUCAUCCUCACGGGUUACUGAUUUAGAACUUAGUUCAAAUGACAGCAAAAAGCGAAGUCCCUCUAGUACUGGCCAUUAUGCUACAAGAGAUCAUUACAGGCAUUUGAAGCAAGAUGAAGCAACAAAUAAGGACUAUGCUUAUCAGGAAAAGGGAAACAACUAUUUAGGUGAUGGAUUUACUGGAGGGUAUCUAAAAUCUGAUUCCCAUAUCUUGCAGCCAAUAGAUAAAUCCCCUUCAUUAACAAGCAAUGGCCGCAGACAUGUAAAUAGAUCUGAGGUUAGGCAGUGUCUUGAUGCUGAGGACCCAACCCAAAGAAGUGUAGACUCCAGGGAUUUGAAGGAUUUCUCUGGUAAGGAACGCAAGGGAAGUCGUGAAUUGCCUUUGGAGGCACCUGUGGGAGAUGAACUUUCCCAAGCUGACGGAGUGACCUUAUCUGUUUCUUCACCUUUUAUCAGAGGUGGUAAUUUUUCAAGUGCUACAAAGUCAUCGUUACCACCUCCUGUUUUAAGGUCAGGUGUUGAUAGCCCUUUUGGCUGUUCUGAAGAUGACAGUAGGGGCAAGCCUAGCAAUCGGCAUAGAAGGACCAGUGACCCAAAUAUUGGAAGAUUUCAAGGAAAUUCUUGGAAAGGAGUCACAAAUUGGCCUUCACCUGUUGCUAAUGGUUAUAUGCCCUUCCAACAUGGUCCACCGCCUGUUGGUUUUCCUCCCAUGAUGCAACAGUUUCCUGCUCCCCCAAUGUUUGGCAUCAGAACACCAUUGGAGAUGAGUCAUCCUGGACUACCUUACCAUUUGCCAAAUGCUGAUAGGUAUCCUGGCCAUGGGCACCCUAUUGGUUGGCGAAUUCCAAUGAGUGAUUCAUGUGGACCUUCAUUGCAUGCUUGGGAUUCUACUAAUCCUGUCUUUGGAGAUGAAGCACAAUUUUAUGGGAGGCCAGAUUGGGACCAGUAUACGACCAUGUCAAGGAGUCGGAGUUGGGAGACAAAUGAAAUGUGGAAGGGGCCAAAUGGGAGUGCAAGUGUGGAGCCACCUUCUGCUUCUCAGAAGGAGGAUAAUUCAGCCCAGGGCCUGGGAGAUGAUACUUUGACUGGUCAGUCAGCUCUGCAAGUUCAGAGUGAGCAAAGGCAGCCUGAUCUUGAGGUUGAGAGUAAGGCUAUUAGCCAGUCAAGUGAAGCUGUUGAGAAGAAUACUUCAGAAGGUUCAAAGACUUCAGAGAAAGAGGCAUCUAGUCAAUCUAAGUUGUCGAGAAGGGAUGGCCCUCAUUAUUGCCAUGUUUAUCUCUCCAAGCUUGAUAUUUCUGCAGAUCUUACUGAACCUGAGUUGUAUAAUCAAUGCACAGGCUUAUUACUUGCCAAUCAGAACAUGAUAACUGAUGAUGCUUCAAAAAUCUUGUUUGUGGAGGCUGUAGGAGCUAGGUUAUCAAGACCUAGUGAAAUUUCAAGUGCUUCACUUUUUGCUGCCAUGAGAGAUUCUAUUUUUCAGAAAUCCAUUUCCCUUUACAAAAAGGAGAGACAGGAAAUCAAAGUCACAAGUGGUGAGAAAGUCUUAUGUUCUAAUCUGCAGAUUGAAUCCUUUCCAGCAUCUGAACAGGAAAAGUCUGGUUCUGAAGAUAGUAUAGAUAUGGAGUUGAAUCAAGAUAGUAACGCGUUGGGGACAGGAGACACUCACACUAGGAAUCAUCAGAUAGAAGAUCUGAUGGUUGUGGAUAUAGUCAAGAAACCGGAACAAGCUAUUUAUGUGGUGGGCACAGAAGGCAUGGAUGUAGAUGUGGGUUCAAAUCUUACCCACGAGAAUGAUACUGCAGAGAAUGUGGAAGGAUCUGUUGAGCCCAUAUCUGAUCCAUCUAAAAACUUAACUAGAGUAAGCAAUGACUUAGACCACCCUUCUCCCAAUAGGAAAGAGGGUAACAAGUUAUUUGAUGGCCCUUUGGUUUGUCCUGAGGUAGUGGUGCCAUUAUCAAUUGAGUCUGGGUCAGUAAAUUUAAGUCGGAUACACCAUUCUCCUGAAAUUAAACAUUAAGACAAUUUAUUUUGUUUUCCUGAGUUUCCAAAAUGCCUUAUGCUAUCAUAUAAUCUUUGUGGGCUGUCAUCUUAUUUGCUAAUCAAUAAAACUAUUUCCUUCUUUGCCUUC